AUGGCUGCCGUGGCCUCUGUGCCGGCCCCGGCGUCGGCCUUGACUCCUCCAAGCAGCAGCCAUGGGGAUGAAAACAAUUGGGACUAUUCUGCAGUCAACGGAGAGGAUCAACACCUUCAGCAGACCACCGCCUCCUACGAAGAGUCUCUGCAGUCUUCUGCUCUUCCCGCACACGAUGCUCGCGCCGCACCCAGAACAUACACGCAUGAUAUAACGGCCCGCAAGAUGCGGUCCGCGGAUAAUCUUCACAGCUCCAAGUGGUCCAAAUCCUCUGACCACCAGCGAGAGUUGCUACCAGGCCUCUCAGAGGAAGAGAAGGCCAAGAGCGACCAGUUCGUUUACAGCCAGGACCAGUCCAAAUGGAUCCACAGGGACAAGCUGGCCAGAAUUGAAACCGAGGAGCUCGAGGCCGCUGGCUUUUUUUUACCGAAAGGAAGAUCCUCGAGCCGCGCUGCACGCCGAAAUGAAAGCCGCCUCAGCCAUACUGCUGCUACCACCGAGUCCGACCCCAAUACAAACCGCGCCAAGAAGGAUUCCACUUCACUUGAGCCGCCGCUCUCGUCACCGCCGAGCUGGGACUUGCGAACUCCCCAGGAAAUUGCUGAAGCCGAUUCCAGUUCAUAUUUUACCAGCAAUGCCCUUACCGGCAGUACGCGCAUUCCCGUCGCGAAAAUUAGCCCAGCUCCAAUCUCCCUCGAGUUUCUUGAGCACGGGUCCAUGGCAGCGCGUCAGAAUUCGGACGAGGACGAUGAUGGCCUAGCAUACAACAAGGUCCGCUCCCGCAGCGCCAGUGCCGCUAUUAGAGAUUCCGGCAGCGCCGGACCAAACAGCAAGCGGCCCAUCACCGAUUCCUCGCCCAAGAAGCACGCACGCAAAAACAGUUCCAGCACUCCAACGAGACCUGGAACAAGAGGCAAGGAUUCUCUGAGCAGCUCCGGAUCCCGCCCACCCACUCGAAAUGGACGAACGGCGUCCCGAGCGAAGCACCCCGAGGGUGAGCCUCCUUGGAUGGCUAAUACGUUUAAGCCGGAUCCCCGUUUGCCGCCCGACCAACAGAUUCCUCCUUUUGUCGCCAAAAAGCUCGCCCAGGAGCAAAUGGAGAAGGAAGGUACUUUUGGAGACGCGUACGAUAAGGACCUGCGCCCUCUCAACACAAACUCUUUUGCAGUACCGAAGCCCAACCCCGACGCGGAACCAGAAAAGGAGGGAGAGGCAGUGGCGGAGGAGGAGUGGCCGCUCAAGCCGGCCAUAACAAGCCGACCGCUUAUGCGCACUGGCUCCAUGUACUCGACCAUGCCCAAGAUCAUUGAUAAACCGCCGGGCACGCCCGUACCGAGCCCGCGUCCGGCCAAUACCGCGGUGAUGGGCCCGCCGCCAGCAGCGCCGCAAAUACAACAGGUACCACAGGUUGAGCCCGAGGAUACUAAGAAAGGCGGUUGCGGCUGCUGUGUGGUCAUGUAA